AACUCUUGAUGGACAUGACAUCAACAGUCAAUGAUAUCUGAGUGCCAAUCAAAUGAAAUAAAGUGUAACAAUAAGGGCACAGUUAGACUGUAAGUGUUGUCUAUAUAUGUAUGCCUUAGGCGAGUCCACGUGUAGUUCCCAAUCAACUAUUGAUUUCUAUUUGUCUUAAAUUUGCUAACACUUGACGGCAACCAGUGAUGACAAGUAACCAAUUUAUGUGAUAUUUUUAUUUGAUUGAACUGAUUAUUGUAAUUAAAAGCAAAUUAAAUAUGACUUCCGAAGACUUGGAUCCAAGUCUUAUAGACUCAUGUUUUGGUGAUUUUUUCACAAUGGAUUCGACACUUAUGGACACAAUGGAUGACUUUGAUUUAAGUGAACCGCUGUCCCGAUCGGACUUUGAGUUUGGUUUAGAGGCCGAAAGUAUAGAUACAUUGCUAAACAUGUUUGAAGAACAACAAAAUAGUGGACUUAAUUUUAUGGCCAACGAAACCACUAAUUACAGCGCCGGUAACAUGACUAAUGUCGCCAACUCUGAAACUAAAGUGGAAAAGGCAUCGGUUGUUAUAUCACCAAAAGUUCGUAAAUCAAAGACAAAUGGAUCGUCGACUUCAAAGAGUAAAGGCAUCUCUUUGUUGGCCAAACCUAAGAAAAGUCCGGCAAAGCGUUCUCUACUGAACUUUAAAUCAAAGACAAUCGAUGCCAUCUCUUCAUAUUUACAACAAGAACACGAUUAUUGUUUAGUGACCAACAAUGACAACGAAAAACUUUAUAAUAAAAUACCCGAUUAUUUGUUAUCCAAAAGUUUUCUAUCAAAUUCAGACAUAGAUCCGAGUCCUCAAAGUACACUCACAUUUGACAAAAUACCUGAUUAUAUGAAAGGAUUUCUUGAUUUUAAUGACAAUAACGACACGACAGAAGAUAUUUUAAUUGAAUUAAAUGACGCAUAUAUUGAAGUUUCGGAAGUGUUUUUUGAGGACAACACUAAACAUUCUGACAUUAAUAUAAUAUCUGAAUUUAAUGAAGAGUUGGAAGAGGGAGAGUAUGUCGACACUGAAGAUGUUAAUUCAUUGAUAACUAAUUAUUUAUUAAAUGAAGACUUGGAUUUAAUUGAUAAUAAUAAUAGUCUUAAAAUGAAUCAAAUUGCUGAUCAAACAAACACUUCAUCGACACAACAAUUAGUUAAAACUAAUAAUAAUGCGAAUUAUAAUAAAUCUAAUAAUUUAGAAAAGGAUUCUUUGAGUCGACGGUCAAGAUCGAGAAGUAGAGAACCAAUGAAGAAGAUUUAUUCAAUUCCAUCGACACAAAGAAGUCGUAGAGUAUCGACGCGUUCAUCAGUUGAUAGUUCAUCAGAUUCUGAGAGAUCUUCGCGAAGCAGUUCAUGUUCUUCUAGUGAUUCAUAUUUAAGUAGCGAAUCAAAUGACAGUAAUAUUAGAAAUAUUAAUCUAACGAAUAGUAUUAUGAGAAAUAAUAGUAAAGGCAAGGAGUUUACAAAUAAGAGAUCACUGAAGGAAUCUUACUGUCAAAAUAGUUUUGAUAAUAAUAAUAGUCGUAAUAAGAGAAAUGUAAAUAAUAUGAAAAAACCAAGAAAUGCAUUACCAUAUAAAGGAAAGCAAGACAUUGACGAAAGAAAAAUCAUUUACGUCGGAAAGAUUCCCGACGGGACCACCAAAAAUGAUUUAAGACAUUGGUUUUGUAGGUUCGGUACCAUUAAAGAAGUUAGCGUUCAUUUCAGAGAUUAUGGUGAUAACUAUGCUUUCGUCACAUUUGUCAAUAGGAGUGACGCCUGUCAGGCCAUUGAACAUGCAAAUGAGGACACUCGGCACCCAAAGUUUGAUCUAAGCUUUGGAGGUCGCCGACAGUUUUGUAAAACACGUUACUCAGACUUAGAUUAUGCUGAAGACGACAAAUUCAGGUCAGAACACAUGGAUUUCGAUUCAUUACUUCAAAGAACAAAAUCAAAGAUUACCCGUUAAUCCAAUUAUUUAGUAAAUUAUUUAAUUAUAAUUUAAU